AUGUAUGAACUACAAGUGCAAGUAGAAGGUUCAGAGCAAGUAUUUGAAGAGACAAAUACUGAAAUUGCAAUUAAUUAAAGGCAGUGUAAAGGCACCUUCCAAGGAUCACAAAAAGAGGAAGAAGUCAACUCUACAUCCAGAGCAGAUCAACAGAAUGAACAAAAAGCAGGUAUUGAUCAGAAGUCUGGAACCAGCUCAUCCAGUCAAAGGACAGAGGAAAAGAGAGGUUCUGUAAGAAUGACAAAAAAGAUUCUGCUAGACAUCUGUAAACAGCAGAAAUUAUACUGGACCCCAUACUUAAAUGAUACACUGUACCUGCAUUAUAAAGGAUUUGACCGACUGGAGAAUCUUGAAGAAUAUACUGGACUGAAGUGUUUGUGGCUGCAAUGCAAUGGCUUAAGAAAAAUUGAGAAUUUGGAGGCUCAGACAGAGUUGCGUUGCCUCUAUUUGCAACUCAAUUUAAUUGAGAAAAUAGAAAACCUUGAACCUUUACAAAAGCUGGAUUCCCUCAAUAUCAGUAACAACUACAUUAGGACCAUUGAGAAUCUCUCUUGUCUGAAAGUCCUGCAGACUCUGCAGAUCGCUCACAAUAAGUUACGGACAGUGGAAGACAUCCAGCACUUGCAGGAAUGCCCAAGUAUUUCUGUUCUUGAUCUUUCCCACAACAAUCUAAGUGAUCCGAGUAUUGUAGCUAUUCUGGAGUCCAUGCCCAAUCUGCAUGUGCUGAAUUUGAUGGGAAAUGAGGUGAUAAAGAAAAUUGCUAAUUAUAGAAAAACACUCACUGUUCGACUAAAACAGCUGACAUAUCUAGAUGACAGACCAGUUUUCCCAAAGGAUAGAGCCUGUGCAGAAGCCUGGGCUGUUGGAGGGCUUGAAGCUGAGAAAGCAGAAAGGGAAAAAUGGGAAACCAGAGAGAGAAAAAAAAUCCAAGAUAGCAUUGAUGCGUUAGCAGCAAUUAGGCAAAGAACAAAGGAAAAGAAGAUACAAAAGUGCAUGGCAGGAGUUGCAGCAGAUACCCAAGAAGGAGCACCUGCAAAUUCAAAAGAUGGUGGUGGAAAUUCUAGUACAUCAGAAACUUCAAACAGAUUAGAAGAAGCUCAAGAAAAGGCUGAAAAAAUUAAAAAUGAAAGUUUUGAUGUUUGUGAUGAAGUGAUAACACAUAGAGGAGAUAACAGAGAUUUCACAUCUGGAAAUACACCUGAUGAAGUUCAAGAGCAUGCACAGGAACCAGACUCUAACAAAUGUGCAAAUUUCAACAAGGAGACAGACGAUCAACCAGGACAGGAGACAGCCACUGACCAGGCCAUGCUUCCUGAGAGGGAGGAAUAUGCUGAAAUUGAACAUCUCAAACUGGAGACACUGGAGACACUUUCUCUCGAUGAUCUGCCUGAUUUAGAAGAUGUAGAUGUAAGCGAGUUUUCCCCAGCAGAGGAAAUCUUUGUUCAGAAGCAGGACUAUCACCCAAAGAUUGAAAUAAUUUCUGAAGUGACAAAUGACAGUGAUUCUGCAUUAGAGGAAAACAAUAAAAGCACGCUUGAGAAUUCAGCAGAAGAAAUUCCAACAGCAAUUUUUUCAAAUGUAUGUCAGGACCAUAAAGAGCAUGAAAAGGAGCGUUUAAGACCCCUCCUCAAAAGCUUCUUUAUAGAGCCUGAUAAUUCAGAAAGAUACCUGGAGAUCAAAGAUAAAGAGGCAGCCCCUUUGAAACCCUUGAUACAAGAGGUAAUCACUGAGCCCAAGGAUCAUCUGCUGUUGUCACCAGUCUGUCAUCAACCAGAUGACCCAAACUCUUGGGAAGAGGAUGGGAAUGGCAGUGAUGGAGAAGCAGAAGGCCUGGAUGAGGGGGAAGGAUGUCCUCAUAAAGCACAGAGUGACAAGGAUGGUGAGAAUGGAUUGGAUUAA